AUGGCACGGCCAGCUAUCGGAGCACAAGCAUCACGGCUUGCGCGAGAUCUUCCUCUUGGAUUAUCGACAACCUCCGCUCGGAUCCCGAAACUCAUCUAUGGCACUGCAUGGAAGAAGGACCAGACCGCGGAUCUUGUCUACUUGGCUUUAAAAACUGGCUUUCGCGCCAUCGACACUGCGGCCCAGCCGAAGCACUAUGACGAGCGUGGUGUUAGUGCUGCUGUCAAACGAGCUGUGGGGGAAGGCCUCAUUAAACGGGAGGACUUGUUCAUCCAGACUAAGUUUACCUCCCCAGCAGGGCACAAUCACAUCACUCCAUAUGACUUGAAUGCUCCGCUGGCCGAAAAAGUUCAUCAGUCUGUGCAGUCUUCUCUGGCCAACUUUACGAUUGACGGCCAAGAGCCAUAUCUGGAUAGCCUUGUGCUUCAUUCUCCUAUGGACACCAUGCAAGAGACAAUAACUGUGUGGAAGACUCUCGAGACCUAUACGCCGCACAAGAUUCGGAACCUUGGGAUAUCCAACACCACUCUCCCCAUCUUACAAGCUUUGUUCAAUGACAUGAGUGUUAAGCCGGCUGUCGUGCAGAAUCGUUUUCACAACAGAACUGGCUAUGAGACCGACCUUAGAGCAUUUUGUCGCGAACAGAAGAUAGUCUUUCAAUCUUUCUGGACUAUUACAGCGAAUAGACAUCUUCUUCAAUGCAGUCCUGUGCGAGAGGUGGCUCACAGGGCCGGAGUAGGGGCGGUUGCAGCGUUUUACUCAAUGGUAUUAGGACUGGAGGAUACCACCAUCUUGGACGGCACAACAAGCCAGACACACAUGGAAGAAGACUUGGAGGGCAUAGAAACUGUAGGCGUCUGGGCGGAGGGAGAUGGGGCUGCUGACUGGGCUUCUACUCUUAGUAGCUUCAGACAUCUAAUUGGGGAAUCAUAG